AUGGCCAAGUUGUCUCGUGGCAAGGAGAACGCACCCGCUCCCAAUCCGAAAGACAUGACUCCACCAGGACGCACUGCGAUACAGGCCAUCAAAGCAAGCUGGGACAUUGACAAAAUUACCGACAUCUUCAGGUCCUGCAGUAAAGAAGUCAGGACGAAGCUGCAGCAGCUCCCUGAGCCCAACGACGAUUUCUUCGAAAACGAUACACUCGACGUGUUACAACAAUUGACAGACAUGACCAAGGAUAAGAAAGAUGCUGUGCAGAAAAGACUGAAGAAAGGAUGGUGGGCAAGAACAAAUCUGGUGCGGAUGCUCACAACACACCUUCAUCAUGGCCAAGGACUGUUGGUUAUCAAGAAGAGCGACUUCUUCCACCUGUUCUGGAAGGCGUGGAUGAGUAUAGCACCCCUCCAACCCAACGUCAUCCUCCAGCAAUUUGCUAGGCCCACCCCUGAGGGUUCCGAUAGCAAAAAUAGCUCUUCUUCGGUCUACAGCGUCAAGGAUUGGCUCAAAACAGAGACUCUGUUGCGUAAAGUCGCCAAGGACAAAGGCAGUAGGGAGCUGAAGAAGAUCAGGCGCUCACUCCACCACAUCUCAGUUCAAAACUCAGGCCUCCACCACGAGAUUGUAGGCCUCAAAGAGGUCCUCAAGGCUCAGAAGAAGCACAAGAAGAAGAGCAAGCCUCUUGAGCUUCAGCAUCACAAGGACUACCACGGUGGAGACGAGUUUUACUCUCCUAGUAGAGUAGAGAAAGCACGCUCACGUGAGAGGGCAAAACAACAAGAGCAGAAGGCAGAGGAGCUCAAAAAAGCAGAGAUGGCUGAACUGAGGCACUUCAAUAAGCUGUACAAGGAGAAGGUUGUGCAGGAGAGGCGUGAGCAGAAGUUGAGAGAGAAGGAAGCGCGUGACCGACUGAAGGCUGAGAAGGCCAAGGAAGUCGCCAAACGCAAGGCCAAAAGAGAGCAUCAACGGAAUGAGCGCAACACCAAAAAAAACCUAUACAAUUAUUCCAAAGAGGCAAGCGCAUGGUCUCAGAGGUUGCAGCACCCGGAAAGAAGCAGAAUCGUGGUAGUGCAGCUGCCCGUAGUCGUGCUGCUGCCGCGCCUCGCUCCCCAUCCCCUCUGGUAA